GCUUUGAAAUCUUUUCUUGGGGAGUUCGAUACAUAAAGGCCAGGUUGGCGAAGCGAGAUCCUACGUGAUUUUACUGAAGAAUCUGAAAGGUUAAUCGGACGAUAACUGAUCAUCACACACACACAAACAUUCAUCAUGGCACCAACAUCAACCAACGCCUGGUCCAUCACCGGCAUCGGCAAGGACAGCAGCAACUGGGACACCCUCGAGCUCAAGAAGGAUGUGCCUCUACCGCAGCUGGGCGACUAUGAUGUUCUCGUGCAAACCGAGGCCGUCUCCUUAAACUUCCGCGAUCUGGCUAUCCCAAAGGGCCUCUACCCCUUCCCCGUAAGCUUCCCCCGCGUCCCGGCCUCUGACGGCGCCGGCCGCGUCGUCUCCGUCGGCCCCAAGGUCACGCAGGUCAAGGAGGGCGACAACAUCGCGACGCUCUUCAACCAGCACCACCAAUCCAACCCCAUCACCCCGCUCGCCGUCAAAUCCGGCCUCGGCGGUGCCCUCGACGGCACCCUCCGCCAGUACGCCGUCUUCCCCGAGCACGGCGUCGUCAAAUCCCCCAAGACGCUCUCGUCCGUCGAGGCCGCCACGCUCCCCUGUGCACCGCUGACGGCGUGGAACGCGCUGUACGGCCUGCAGUCCAAGGCGCUUAAGCCGGGCGACUACGUGCUGACGCAGGGCACCGGCGGCGUGAGCCUGUCGGCGAUCCAGUUCGCUGUCGCGGCGGGUGCGACGGUCAUCGCGACGACGUCGUCGGCGGCCAAGGGCGAGCAGCUCAAGAAGUUGGGAGCGCACCACGUCAUCAACUACAAGGAGACGCCCAACUGGGGCGAGGUGGCCAAGUCGCUGACGCCGGAGAGUGUGGGUGUCGACCACAUCAUCGAGGUCGGCGGUCCUGGUACGGUUGCGCAGUCGCUCAAGGCUGUCAAGUUGGAGGGCGUGAUCUCCAUUAUUGGGUUCUUGUCGCACGGGGACAAGCCCGAGGGGGAGCAGCCGACGCUGCUGGACGCGCUGGCCAAUAUUUGCACGAUCCGCGGGUUGUUUGUGGGCUCCAAGCAGCAGUUUGAGGAGAUGAACCAGGCGAUUGACGUCAACAAGAUCAAGCCUGUUGUCGAUCAGAAGAUUUUCGGCUUCGAGGAGGUCAAGGAGGCGUAUCAGUACCAGUGGGACCAGAAGCACUUUGGCAAGGUUGUCAUCAAGAUUUGAGGUUGCCGCGCAGUAGAAUGCGCGAGAGAGUGUAGUAUAAUGCAGUUAUGACCGUCAUAUUUGUUUGAUGCUUGUGAAAUGAAACUUGUCAAGUUGAUUCCCUGCUACCGUAGUACAACGGUCAAUCAAACGUAGUUCAUGAUAUUCAUGACAAAACACCACACCUGCCAUCACAAGACCAAGUGCACUUAUAAGACACUUCUUUAUGAGGACAGGGAAUGACUCCGUCGCUCAUUGACUGAUAACCUCCCAAAGCAAACCCCGAAACUCCUUGCCCAUUAUGUUGAUGAUUCCAUUCCGUAGCCCACACACUCAUUCCCGCUCAGAAACGUCCUCGAUGCGACGAUCAAUUUUUUCCGUCCCAUCGCUCUUGACAGCGCGUCCCUCUGGUAGGGCGCGUCCCGCAGAAUCGUACUCGCGGCGCUCGAGGUAGACUGGCUCGCCCGUCUUGUAGGAAGCUGUCCGGACGGUGGUGCCCGAGGGACUCCGCUCCGUCUUGCGGGCCCAGCGCCUCUCCUCUGUCUUGCCGUUGUGGCUGAUUGAGGAGGAGAAGGAGAUGGAGGAUGUAAAAGAGAAGGGCAUCUUUAUUGCUUUUUUGGUAUUCGAUUCUCGGUUCUCGGGACUCGAUUCGAUUCGAGUACUGGUUGUCUGGUUGUGGUUUUCUUUCUUCUUUUCAGAGAUGACUUGUGGUGGAUGGGGACGAAAGGAAGUUCCGGCUAUCCAGGUUCAAGAGGAGGUGGUUAUGUAAAUACUGUGUACAUGGCCUUACCAGCAGGUGCUCCUUCCUGAUACCAAAAUCUGAAAACAAGUUCAAACGUCAAGGUGCCUGCCGUAAG